CUGUUAACGUCUUCCGCCCUUACUUCGCUUUCUUCCAUGUUUCCGAGUCUUCCGACAUCCGAUUGGCUACGUCUGAUUCGUGUGAGGGUCCAAGUUUUAAAAAAAAAUAAUAAAUUCACGCCUUACACAGAAUUUUCCUAAAUACACAAACGAAUAAACAACACGGAAGCGACUUGUCUAGCCGCUUUCCUAUUGGCCAGACCUCGACUCACGUGAUGCCACGAGAGCCCGCCUUACUUCCGCCAGGCCGCGGAUCCUUCGGGCUCGGAGCUUCGGAGACCGGGUAUGGCCUUCUGGGACUCUGGUCGGUGGCUCUGCUCCGUGCCAUGGCGUUGUCCCAGGGUCGGCGGAGAAGGCCGGGGACGGUGGUCCCUGGGGAAGCGGCGGAGACCGACUCGGAGUUGUCUGCAUCCUCGUCCGAGGAGGAGCUGUACCUGGGUCCCUCGGGCCCCACGCGCGGCCGCCCCACGGGGCUGCGUGUGGUCGGGGAGGCGGCGGAGACCGACUCGGAGCCUGAGCCGGAGCCCACGGCCGUGCCGGUAGACCUGCCCCCGCUGGUGGUGCAGCGCGAUGCGGUGGAGACCUGGGGCACCGAGGAGACACCUGCCAAGGCGCCUGCGCGCUCGCUACUGCAGCUCCGCUUGGCUGAGAGCCAGACGCGCCUGGACCACGACGUGGCGGCUGCCGUGAGCGGCGUGUACCGCCGUGCCGGUCGCGAUGUGGCCGCCCUGGCCGGGAGGCUGGCGGCUGCUCAAGCCACGGGGCUGGCAGCGGCCCACAGCGUGCGCCUGGCGCGCGGGGACCUCUGCGCGCUCGCCGAGCGCCUGGAUAUCGUGGCUGGCUGUCGCCUGCUGCCGGACAUACGAGGGGUGCCGGGCGUCGAGCCCGGGUGUCCCCCCACCUGACUCUGCCUCUUGGUGGACAUUCGUACCACCUGUGGCAUCUGACUCUGUCUUUGUUCCUGGAUCACCCAGGCCUCCAACCCAGGCCUCCAAGGCGUGGUAGCCUUUGAUCAAUGCCGACCGAAGCCGAAUCCUAGCAUCUUCUUUGAUUUGGCCCGAUUAUAUUCUUUUUUUUAAAUAAAUCUUUAAGGAUUUAUUUAUUAUAUGUAAGUACAUUGUAGCUGUCUUCAGACACUCCAGGAGUCAGAUUUGUUAUGGGUGGUUGUUGGGAUUUGAACUCAUGAACUCAAGACCUUCAGAAGAGCAGUCAGUGCUCUUAACCACUGAGCCAUCUCUCCAGCCCCGGCCCGAUUAAAUGCAGACCAAAUGCAGCCUGGGUCGUAACCCUAACUCUCAGGCGUUUGGGUCUGGGGCAGCGCCUCCUGGUGUUUUGAUUGCUGUAGGCACAUGACUCCACAAAUACAAAUCUACCACUCCC